CAUCACAUAGACUGUUCUCAGUACAGGCAACACAAUCAACAAUAGAAUGCUGGAGUGCAUUCUAGUGAUUCUACUAGACUAGACUAGACUAGACUAGACUCUCAAUGACUCAAUAAUGAUGGAAAAUCCAACCUGAACUACCGUUACAAGACUUUCUCUUGAAUGAACUGAAAAACACCCAAAAAUAAACAGAGGAAAGAAGAGCGCAAUCUCUUUUUAUCCUCUCCACUACACUACUAGCAAUGCCCUUGCCCGCCAUUUGUUUGAGCAGAUCAAUUUCAUUAUGCCUAACCCUUUCAUCUCCUCUUCAGCGUACCCCAAACUUCCAAUCUUCAUUUCUGUAUAGCUUCAGGCCCAGGAGGUUCCGCUGCUUCAAACCAUGUUCUUCACUCAAAGAAACCAAGAAGCAGCACACCUUUUCCAAGAUUCCCUCCAGUGCCCCCCAGAGGCUCAGGAAACUCUCUAAUUUGGGAACCAAAUGGGAACACGAUAGUAUUGAUCGUGGGGAUGGGGACACUGCCCUUAAAGGUACCCUUUUGGCUGCUCUUUUACUUGUGGGUAUGGUUGGUGGAUUUGGGACCGUGAGUUACCUCUACAGAGACCAGAUCAAUGACUUCUUGAACCAGCUAUCUGUCUUCAUUGAAGGUUAUGGACCAGCUGGGUAUGCACUUUUUGUUGUGGUUUAUACUGGGUUAGAGAUCCUUGCAUUACCAGCAAUUCCUUUGACCCUCUCUGCUGGUCUUCUGUUUGGUCCCGUCACUGGGACCAUUAUUGUCUCCAUCAGUGGAACGAUGGCUGCAAGUGUUGCAUUUCUGAUUGCUAGAUAUUUUGCUCGUGAUCGCAUUCUCAAACUAGUUGAAGGGAACAAGAAAUUUCGUGCUAUUGACAAAGCCAUUGGAGAAAAUGGUUUUAAAGUUGUUACUCUUCUACGCUUGAGCCCUUUGCUUCCAUUUUCUCUUGCGAAUUAUUUGUAUGGACUUACAUCUGUCGAGUUUGUGCCGUAUGUUUUGGGAAGUUGGUUAGGUAUGCUACCUGGAACUUGGGCUUAUGUGAGUGCGGGUGCACUUGGCCGUGCAAUUAUUCAAGAAGAAUCUGAGAUUUCUCUUGGGGGAGGGAACGGUGUAUUGACGCUUGGAAUAGGCCUAUUGUUUACUGCAGUAGCUGCAGCUUACAUAACUCGGCUCGCUAAGGAUGCUGUAAAGGAUAUCGAGUAGAGGGCAGGAGGAAUAGUUUCUGCAUCAUUAACUACGGACCUUUUCAGAGCUCGUUUGUCCUGGAGAGGCAGAUCUCUGACAACGUCUUUAUUUAUCAAGAGGUCAUGCACACCAUGCGCAACAAACGAGGUUUGACAGGCUACAUGGCUAUUAAGCUGGACCUCGAGAAAGCUUAUGACCAUAUAUCUUGGGAGUUUAUUGGCUCUAUUAGAAGUUGGUUUUUGCUCUAAUUGGAUUAAUUUAUUAAUGCAUUGUAUUCAAACUCCUCGACUAUCUAUUAUUUGGAAUGGGGAGUGUUUAUACAACAGUUUUGUCCUGAAAGGUGCAUUCGUCAAGGGGAUGCCAUGUCUUUGGCUAUUUUUGUCCUUCGUAUGGAAAAGCUGAGUUAAAUGAUUUCAA